CAAACAACUAUUAUUAAUUGCAUAGAAGUUGUACGUUAAAGAAGAAUUAAAAACUAAGGCAAUAUGUAAUUAAUAAUAUGAAAAUGCUUUAUCAGUUCGCGAAAAUGUGAUUGGACUGCGGUGGGAGAACGGCCAAUCGCGAGCCGUGCUGCUGUGGGCCAAUCGCGGGCCGCGCUGCAAGCCUUUUACCCCGUUUCGAAACGCACGUGCGAGUCCGCGGGAUUCGCGCGCGCCGGAUCGGAGUAGUGUGCCGCCCCGUGGAAAAGGUAGUCGGACGUCGUCGUCGCUCUCCGUCCCGGACGAACGAUUCAAAAGGGUGUGCGUGCGCGUGACCGUAAAUCCUCACAGCGAGAGGAGAGCGAGAGACGGACGGAACGAACGAAACGUGGCAAGGAUCUCGUGAGAGAGAGGGAGCGGAGGGGCAACAGAAGGAAGGACUAGGAAAACUGCGGUACACCCUGUCACUGUCGUCGUCGUUCCGUUUUAUUUCCUCAUCGUGAUAGUUCGAGUCGUCGAAAUGGCAGUCGGCGCACAGAUCGACACGUCCGAGCGGGAAACCAGCGGCGACGCGAAGAUACCCCUGCUGAACGGCGGCGAGGUGCACGAGGCCACGAGGGUGGCUACUACCGAAGUGAAAAAGAAGUCAGAAGAAAGUGGAAGCACGAGCACAGCCACAGAGAAUGUUGUGGAAAAGGGAGAGGUUGAAGCAACGAAGGAAGGUGAAAAGGAAAAGAAUGAAGACAAUAAAGAUAGUGAUAAGAACGAAAAAGAAACUGACAAGGAGAAAAAUACCUCGAAUGAACAGGAAGUUGUUCUCAUUCAGGAUCUGGGCUUCACCGUCAAAAUUGUCAGCCCUGGUUCUGAACCCUUUGACAUACAGGUGUCUAGCAUGGAACUCGUUCAGGAGAUACAUCAGUUACUCAUGGACCGCGAAGACACGUGUCAUCGCACGUGUUUUUCACUGCAGUUGGAUGGCAACACGUUAGACAACUUCGCUGAACUGAAGAAUAUCGAAGGCCUGAAGGACGGCUCGAUCAUCAAGGUAGUUGAGGAGCCGUAUACGAUGCGGGAGGCACGCAUACACGUGCGACACGUACGCGAUCUGCUCAAGUCUGUGGAUCCAGCGGAUGCUUACAACGGCGUCGAGUGCAGCAGCCUGUCAUUUCUCAAUGUUGUUACGAAUGGCGAUAUUCUGGAGAAAAAGAAGACCCGAGCGGAUUCAGUCGAUUGCACGCCACCCGAUUACAUCAUACCCGGUUGUAGUAGGGACAGACCCCUGUUGCCCCUCCAACCGCAGGCAAAGGAACAAAAGUGCCCACCAUGCCUCAAAGUUCUAACAACGUCAGGAUGGAAUCCACCGCCUGGCCACCGAAAACUUCACGGUGAUUUGAUGUACUUACAUGUGGUCACGUUGGAGGAUAAGCAAUAUUAUCUGACCGCGUGCGCCAGAGGUUUCUUUGUCAAUCAGUCAACUAAAGAAGUGUUUAAUCCUAAACCAGCUACGCCUAGCCAUUUAUGUCACAGUUUAAUCGAGCUUUUAAAUCAGCUUAGUCCGAGCUUUAAACGAGCGUUCGCCUCUAUGCAACGACGCAGAACUCAGAGGCAUCCUUUUGAGCGAGUAGCCACACCUUAUCAACUGUAUGCUUGGAGCGCGCCGCAAAUUGAGCACACUAUUGACGCCAUUCGCGCGGAAGAUACUUUUUCUUCUAAGCUGGGAUACGAGGAACAUAUUCCGGGACAAACUCGCGAUUGGAACGAGGAACUGCAAACCACAAGGGAAUUACCACGUAAAAAUCUUCCUGAAAGAUUGCUACGAGAGCGCGCUAUCUUUAAGGUCCACAGCGAUUUCGUGGCGGCCGCCACUCGUGGAGCAAUGGCCGUUAUUGACGGCAACGUGAUGGCAAUUAAUCCUGGCGAAGAGGCCAAAAUGCAGAUGUUUAUCUGGAACAACAUUUUUUUUUCACUUGGUUUCGAUGUACGCGAUCAUUAUAAGGAGUUAGGUGGUGACGCCGCAGCUUUUAUUGCGCCUCGUAAUGACCUGCAGGGCGUCCGAGUAUACGCGGCUGUGGACUUACAUGGUCUCUAUACUCUCGGCACCGUCGUCAUUGAUUAUAGAGGCUACCGCGUAACCGCGCAAUCUAUCAUACCAGGUAUAUUGGAACGCGAACAAGAACAAUCAGUAGUUUAUGGAUCAAUCGAUUUUGGAAAAACAGUUCUCACACAUCCUAAAUAUCUUGAACUGUUAAACAAAGCUGGGCAGCAAUUAAAGAUCCUUCCGCACAAAGUAAUCAAUGACGCAGGCGAUGAAAUCGAACUUUGCAGCAGUGUAGAAUGCAAGGGUAUCAUUGGUAAUGACUCGCGACAUUAUGUGCUUGAUCUGUUGAGGACUUUCCCACCCGAUGUUAAUUUUUUGAAACUUGAAGGUGUGGAGUUGAGCAAAGAAGCACGAGCCUUAGGUUUUCCAAUAGAACACAAACACAGAUUGGCCUGUUUGCGGCAAGAGCUCAUAGAUUCGUUCGUUGAGUCCAGAUAUGUUCAGUUUAUCAAGCAUGCGGCUGUUCAUCUCCAACAGCUUACGUCAGCUAGAAGGUCUCAAAAAGAAAAAGAGGCAACUGUCAAGGAAGAUAAGAAGGAAGAUAAAAAGGAAGACUCGACUGCCGUUGUAACAGUGGAUAGUAACAAGGAAGAUUGUGCACAAUCUAUAAUAGAAGCUGAUGAAGCUAAAAAAAUUGUCGAGAGCAUCACUGAUUCAAUCACUGGCGGUGAGAAACAAGAAUUGGAGGAGAGCACAAAGGAGAUAGUGCGAAGAGCAGCGGCAGCGGUGGGUAGUCUGCGAGAUGCCGAAUUCGAUGUGAGAUUCAAUCCAGAUGUGUUCUCACCCGGCGUCAAGCAUCCAGAUCCUAAUGGCUCUGACCUGAAGAAGCAAAAGCAAUUGGUGAAGGAUGCCGCGGACUUCUUGCUUACAGUACAGCUGCCGACAUUCAUUCGGGAGUGCCUGGAUCACACGGGGGCCGCAAUGGAUGGCAGUACACUAGUGGAAGCUCUCCAUGGUAGAGGCAUUAACGUUCGUUAUCUCGGUAAAUUGGCGGCUAUGUUAGCUGCAGUACCGCAGUUGCAAUAUCUCAAUCGCAUUGCCGUAUCCGAACUAAUUCUUCGAUCGGCCAAACAUAUUUUUACUUCUUACAUGCAGGGUACGGAACUAAUGAGUCUAUCCGCUGCCGUCAGUCACUUUCUGAAUUGCUUACUGUCCUCGGCACAGAUUAUACAUCCACAACAAAAUCUAGAAGAGCUUCAAAGCAAAACUGCCAAACGUCGCAAUAAACGCAAGGGAAGGAACAAUGGACCGCAGCAGUCGGAGGUAGAGUGGGCAUCGUUGACGCCUAAAUCGCUAUGGCAGCAAAUUAAGGGUGAUUUAAAGGCCUACUACGAUUGGGAAACUCCGAGCCCAGAAUCUCUCGAAGCCACGAUAGAACAUUUCCAUCUACAAAAAAUUUCACUGCUGCGCAGCUUCUGCAUCAAGACUGGCAUUCAGAUACUGUUGCGUGAAUACAACUUCGAAAACAAAAAUCGAGCGACAUUCUUCGAAGAAGAUAUAUUGAACAUUUUCCCUGUCGUUAAACAUAUCAAUCCUAGAGCUAGUGAUGCGUACAAUUUUUACACUACUGGUCAAAACAAGAUUACACAAGGAUACUUAAAGGAUGGAUAUGAGUUGAUCAGCGAGGCGUUGAAUCUCCUCAAUAAUGUCUAUGGUGCUAUGCAUCCUGAAAUUGCGCAGUGUCUUAGAAUGUUGGCAAGAUUGAAUUACAUAAUGGGUGAUCACGCGGAAGCACUUGCCACUCAGCAGAAGGCAGUUCUCAUGUCGGAAAGAGUUAAUGGCAUCGAUCAUCCGUACACCAUCACAGAAUAUAUACAUCUCGCCUUAUAUUCCUUUGCCAAUGGACAAGUAUCUGUAUCAUUAAGAUUACUAUACAGAGCACGUUAUCUUGCAUUAUUAGUCUGUGGUGAAGAUCAUCCGGAAGUGGCCUUGCUCGAUAGCAACAUUUCGCUGAUUUUGCAUGCGGUUGGCGAAUAUGAGCUAUCGUUGCGUUUCCUAGAGCACGCAUUAGCCUUGAAUCUACGUUAUCACGGUCCUCAUUCGUUGAAGGUUGCGGUAUCGUAUCAUUUAGUGGCACGCACACAGUCAUGCAUGGGCGACUUCAGAGCAGCGCUGAACAACGAGAAAGAGACUUACGCGAUUUAUAAGCAGCUACUAGGUGAAGAACACGAGAAAACGAAGGAGAGCAGCGAUUGCUUACGUCAUCUGACUCAGCAAGCGGUCGUGCUACAAAAGAAGAUGAAUGAAAUCUACACGGGCAAGUCAGGCAUAAGCCUACCACCGAUUCAGGUGCAACCGCCCAGUAUGGGUUCAGUGCUGGAUAUGCUUAAUGUAAUCAAUGGCAUUCUUUUCGUGCAAAUUAGCCAGCAAGAUAUUGAUAACUUCAAAGCAGAAAUUGAAAAGCGGCAAAAGGAACAGUCGCCGGAGAAUGGUGAAACCGUUAUAGCAAUCACUGAAAAGGACAAUAAGGAAAUUAAAAAAAUAGUAGAGAAAAAAGUUGAAGUCGAGCAAAAGAUAACAAAAGACUUGGAAGCCAACAAAACUGGCGCUUUGGAAUCGAUCGUGGCAACGAAGAGCUGAGUCUUUCGUCCGCCGACGACGAAUAUUAGUAGUCUUUCCUUUUUUUUUUUUUAAGCCCUAGUCCGGAAAAUGACGAUUUCGCGCGAGGAUCAUCGCAUACGAUAUAUAUAUGUAUAUGUGUGUGUGUGUAUA